AUGAACAACCGCAAACGGCGUAGCUGCCUAAGCACUCUGGCUCGACGCACGACGCCUUCAGCUUUUCAGAUAGCAUCCUCCUGUGCCUCGACGGUCAUGGCUGACUCGACGGCGGUCGCUUUGCAGCUCGUGGCGGCGAUGACUGCUGUUCGACGCGCCGGCAUUGUGCCGGUCGUUGGCCUGUUGACGGCGGACCAGGUGGCGGACCUCAAUGACAUUACGACGGUCGCCAACCAGGUCCUGGAGGGUGCGGCGGAGGCAUCGGCGUCAGCAGAGGUGGUGCAGAACUUUUCUCCAAUGGUGGCUGGAGGCGUCGGCGGUGGAUCGGCGAUGCCAUCUGGAGCCCAGACGCCAGCAUCGACGGUGGGGGUGGCCCCGCCUGAUUUGGCCAUCAGUUCGAUGCCUACGACGCCCAGGAAGGCACCCCCACCAGUGCCCAAGGAGGCGGGGGCGGAGAUCCCUGCACGGCGUCCUGUGAUGAAGGCGCCCCCCCAGGUUCCCGCUACGACGUGGCGGGUGACGCCCUUGGAUCAAUUGCCGCGGAAGGCGGCGCCUACAUCGACGGCUACCUCGGGGACUUCGACGCCAGCUAAGACCACAGGUGGCGAGACGCCGGCGGACUAUUUUGCUACUCCGGCCGCCAAGGCUCGUGCGGCGGCUCGGCUGGCAGCUGGGGCGGACCCGUUCGACGCCACACUUUCCAUGAGCGCCUCGGCGUCUGGGCUGGCCACCCCGGCGCAGUCUACAGCAGGACGGCGCCCACCCAACAUGCAGGAGAUCCGGGCGGCGCCCAAUGUCCAGACCGAGGCGAUGGCAGCGGCGGCCCCUUCGACGGCUUCCACAAGACCGACGUCACCUAAGGCACAGGGGAAGGCACCGCCUGAGGCGCUUAUGCCCCCGACGACGCUGAUGGCACCGGAGCCGACGCCGGCGGCAGACCACCAGCACAUCGACCCGGACCUUGGGAUCCCGGCGGUCACGACGGUGGUUGCCGACACCUUCCUGGACACGCCUUUGGAGCCGACGGCGUCGGCGCAGGAGUUCUUGGGCCCGGCGCCACCACCGCGACCUUUCUUCAGCUUGUCCACGGCCUCGACGACGAGAUCCCCGACGCCUCCGUCACCGAGGGUGGACCCACCUACGGCGGCUUCGGCCAGCGAGUUCUUGGGGGCGGCAUCGGCGGGAGUUCCCGCACAAAGGCCUAUGACGACGGUGCCGGAGGAGGAUCGGCCAGAGCCUUGGGAGAUGCCGGCGGCGGAGCGGCGCUCGAUUUUCCCCCCGGUCACGGCGGGUGGCACAGGGGGCAGGAACAUGCGGGCACCGAGCGCGGCGCGUCGGCGCGGCUCGGUGGGACCCUCGCCGGGCCAAAGGGCGCAAUGGCGCCGCGACGCUCGGUCCCAAGACGAGCGGCGCCAAUACGGCGCAUAUGACAGCAGGCGCUGGGGUGGUGCCGAGCCAUGGACGGCGGAGCAGGUGGACAUUCCGGCGGAGUACUACCCCUACAAGGUGUCCAUGGAACGGCGGGGGGCCUCGGCGCUCGGCGAAGUCGUUCCCAGCUCUCUCCGCCAUUUGGCCUGCGACGACCUCGCGGCGGUCCGCCAAAAGGAGCAGGAGUUGCCGGCGCUCGGAUUACAGUGCAGCACUCCAAAGAACAGCGGCGCUUGGUGGGAUGGUGCGCCCACCCAUGCCAGCGGCGCCGACAACCACUGCGACGGGGAAGGCAGGUCGGCGCUAAGCCUUGCACCUCCCGACGAAGCGGAGAGGCAGUCUGUUCGACGCUCUUCGGCGCGAGGAAAAGGGAGAGAUCACGACGACGCGACCACUGCAAACAUGGCUCAAGACGCGUCGGCGCCACAGCCGGGCACUUUCGCAGCCUUCCUGGCCGAGGUGGCCGCGGCCGGCGGCCAGGGACUCCUUGGUGGGUGGCGUCGGGCGCUGCCUCGCAGCCGCCGCCGCGUGGGCGAUGACAUGCUCGUUCCAUGCGCCGGUGUCCUUCAUGAUGCGGUCCGUCGCCUCGCCGAAUGUGAGGCCCCGCCGCAUAUCGGCGCAGAGUUUCCACAUCGAGUCCGCCCAAUAACUCUGCACCGCCGGAAUGGACGCCUGCUUCGAGCGGGCCCGCUCGAUGAACCAGUUCGCGAACCGGUCAAUCCGCCGCUCCUCGUCGAAACCGCAGAUGAUCCACGCCCAGCGGGAGGUUUGAUGGCCUUGGCGCCGGAGGAGGAAGAAGACCUCCCCGCCGCCAUGGUAUUGAGAUCCAUGCCCGCCGUCCACGUACGCCUGGCCACGAUCUCGCCGAGGCCCAGGGGCUUGUACUCCUUGGACUUGGUGUGCUCGUGCCAAAGCCGCGCCAGCACGUCCUUCGCGCCGAGGAGCUUCUCGGUAGGGAAGACGCGCUUGACGCCGUCCACGGUCUUCUCCUCGUACGCCUGGACCUGCGCCGACCACUGUGCGAAAUGCUUGGGUGGGCGGUCGUCGGCCGAUGUGGCUGCCGGGGGCUGGCGCAGGAGGCGCCGCUGGUGCAGGCAGCAUCCCAGGUGGCAGCGUCGGUGGUGCCGAGGUCGCCGCUCUCCGUUGGCGCUGGGCCUCCGUGAGGGGGUGGACCCUCGCCGCCUUCGCCACAUCCUCGCUGCCCGCCGCGGCCUUGUGCUCCGCGUCGGCCACGGUGACGCCGGAGAGGAAGGGCUGCGCCACCUUGGCCACAAACGCCGCGGUGUCCUCCGCAAUCAAGGCCAGGGUCGGCGUCGAGGCAAUGCCCUUCGCCGCCAGGUAGGAGGAGGAGGAGCCGUCGUGGAGUUCAUGUCCGAGGUCCGGCGGCUGGUGGCACCGCGGCGCUUCGGCUUCAUCUUCGAGAACGUCGAGAUGGCGACGGCCGACGCCAAGCAGAUCACGGAGGCUCUGGGUUCGGCGCCGGUGUGGGUCGACGCUGCUGACUUCGGCUGGGUCGGGCGGCCACGCCUCUGGUGGCUCUCGACGGACUGGGCGCGGAUGACACUGGACCCGGAGACCGGCGAGUCCCUGCAGUGGACACGACGAGGCCAGUGGGACCGCCUCCGGGUGGAGGAAGCACGACGGCCGGUGGAGGUACUGGAUUUGGGGGACCUCACCUUCGACGACUCAGUCUUGUCGGGCCGGCGGCGCCUACCCUGCUUCACCACCCCGGCGCUCGAUGAGAACGGCCGUACGGCGCCCAAGGGCUGCAGGGGCAAGAUCCCUUCCGACGCACAGCAGCGGUGGUCGGCGGAUCGACGCCAGUUCGCCCCUUGGCACUACGUGAAGGAGGCGAUGGUGGUGAGCUCCGACGCGAAGCUGCAGAUCCCGCCCUCACGGGUCAAGGAGCAGCUGCACCACAUGCCGGCGGACUACACGUGGGGGGCAGACGACGCACCGCUCGACGACCGCGCCCGCCACCGGCUCAUUGGAAAUGGGUGGCAUUGGGGUGUGGCGCGGCACCUCCUACUGAUACUGCUGGUGGCCACGGCGUUCCAGACCUCCGACGCCAAACCACAGGGCGAACCACCCCGAUCGACGAUCACCUGGGUCACCUCUUUGUGGCAGUUCGGCGGCCCGGUCAUGGGACCGGCGCCGGGGGAGGACACACUGGAUCCUCUGGUGGACCUCGACGAGGAAGCUCACUGGGCAGCCUCGGCGGUCAUACCGCACCCCUUCCAGGCCCAACCACGGCUGGAGCCGGCGUGGGAGGAGGCCUUGAAAAACCGACGGCGGUGGCGCCACGACCUGGCCAGGAUCAGGCGCGAGGUGGUCCAGGAGGUCAAGGAUAUGCUCGGCGACGUGGCCGAGCAGACGGCGGAAUGGAUGUCCCAACGCUCGGCGGCGGUCAAGGCCACCUACUCAACGCCGGACAAGCCGGCGGUGACACAGAUUCCCGUCCUGCUGGAACUCCUGCGGCGCCUCAACUACCCCGACCUCGAGAACCUCACCGACGACCUCACCCAGGGCUUUAACAUGGUCGGCGGCCUCAAGCCGGGCCCGGGCUGGAAAAAGAGGACCGACGACCGCGACAAGCACCCGGCAUCCAUGGAGGAACUCCGGCGGGUCAACGCGGACCAUGUGAGGCAGCGCACCGCGACGGCCAGGGUCGGCGAGCGCACCGAGACGCUGCUGCAGGAGCUCAUCGACGAGGCGUUCGAGCAGCUCUUCGCGGCGCUGGGCUUCCGCAUCAAGGUUUCCAAGUCCCAGCCGGCGGCGGCCCAGCACAUCGUCCAGGGCGUCCUCUUCGAGAUCUCGCGGCGGGGGGUCACCCUCAGCCCCACACCGGAGAGGGUGCGACGCAUCAUGGCCCAAAUUACCCAGGCACUCCAGAAGGACGCCAUGAAGCCCGACGAGGUGUUUGCACAGGUGGCGGCGCUGGCGGCCUUUGCCACACACCUGCAGGGCGCCGUGACCGCGUUCAUCGACAACACGGCGGGCCAGGCAGCGCUGUCCAAGGGGUAUGGAAAGGACCCGGCGAUGAAUGGUAUGCUGGCUGCCUUUUGGGCCUUGGCGGCGCGGCAGGGGACCAUGGUUGACUUUCGACGGGUUCCAUCCAAGGCGAAUGUGGCCGACGCUGUGUCCCCGGACGAUUUCGGCAGGGCCCGGCGGGAAGGUUGGACGAGGGUCCACAUCCCGGCGUCGCCCAUCAUGCACAUCUUGGCGAAGGCGGUCGACGACUUGCUCUACGCGGUGGAUGGUGCGGCGGCUGAUCUCCUGGCGUGCUCUACUGAGUGGUCUGGUGAGCCGGCGCUUGGUGGGGCUGUGUGCGCCGGGCGGUGCUGA